CUCGGUUACUUCUGAGGGUUCAACUUGGCUGGCCAUCAAGUCCGGCUCUGCCCAGGUCGUUGUUUGUUUCAACUGGUGAUAAAAUGGGGGUGAACCAGUCCGUGGGCUUCCCGCCUGUCACAGGACCCCACCUCGUGGGCUGCGGGGAUGUGAUGGAGGGACAGGGUCGCCAGGGAAGUUUCUUUCGACUCUUCUACCCCUGCCAAGAGGCAGAAGAGACCCCAGAGCAGCCGCUUUGGAUUCCCCGCUAUGAGUACUGCAUGGGCCUGGCCAAUUACCUGCGCUUUAACAAGCGCUGGGGGGGGUUGCUGUUCAGCUUGGCUGUGGGAUCUUGUCGCCUGCCUGUUAGCUGGAAUGGCCCCUUUAAGACAAAGGACUCCGGAUACCCUCUGAUCAUCUUCUCCCAUGGCAUGGGAGCCUUCAGGACGCUGUAUUCAGCCUUCUGCAUGGAGCUCGCCUCCCACGGCUUUGUGGUUGCUGUCCCAGAGCACAGGGAUGGGUCCGCCGCGACCACCUGUUUCUGCAAGCAGGCCCCGGGGGAGAACCAGCAAACUCCCGAGCCGCUGGAGGAAGAAUGGAUCCCUUACUAUCAGAUUGAGGAAGGGGAGAAGGAGUUCCAUGUCCGGAAUUGCCAGGUGCAUCAGAGGGUGAACGAGUGUACCCGGGUGUUGAGGAUCCUGCAAGAGGUCACUGCUGGGCAGAUCGUCCUCAAUAUCUUGCCCGACGGGCUGGAUCUGAUGACCUUGAAGGGCAGCAUCAACAUGAGCCGCGUGGCUGUGAUGGGACAUUCAUUUGGCGGGGCCACAGCUGUCUUGGCUUUGGCCAAGGAGACCCAGUUUCGGUGUGCUGUGGCUCUGGACGCUUGGAUGUUUCCUCUGGAACAUGACUUUUACCCCAAAGCCCGAGGCCCUGUGUUCUUUAUCAAUGCUGAGAAAUUCCAGACAGUGGAAAGUGUCAACUCGAUGAAGAAGAUAUGUGCCCAGCACGAACAGUCCAGGAUCAUAACUGUCCUUGGUUCUGUUCAUCGGAGUCAAACUGACUUUGCUUUUGUGGCUGGUAACUGGAUCGGUAAAUUCUUCUUCACGCAAACUCGUGGGAGCUUGGACCCGUAUGAAGGUCAGGAGGUUAUGGCGAGGGCCAUGUUGGCCUUCCUGCAGAAGCACCUAGACCUACAAGAGGACUAUGACCAGUGGAACAGCCUCAUUGAAGGCAUUGGACCAUCGCUCACCCCAGGGGCCCCACACCAUCUGUCUAGCCUGUAGGCGCAACUCAGUGAAAGGUCACUGAGCUGAGUUCCCAUUUGGGGCCUGCCCAGGGACACAUAGCCUCCUACCAAGAAGUGGCUGAUGUGACCCUCACAGAUUAAGAGGAUGUAAUUACGCUGCUGAUUGGAUAACUGGGUACUUUGAUCUUGGACUUGCUGAUCUUAAACUCACGCUGGGACUUGAAUCACUUACUGACUUUCUGGGAACUGAACCCUGAUGGUGUGUGCGGGGAACAAGCAGUGGGGUAGAGCUGGGGGGCGGGGGGGUUGCUUCAAGCUUUAAGCUGAACAGUAUUAACCCAGGGGCCUACUCUCUCCCCUUGGGCCAUUGUAUCUUCUGCCAUGGAAGAAAUGAAACCAAAGGAUGGAGUGAAAUUCCCACCUUCAGGACCUCUAGCCCAGCUUAGCACUACCUCUUCCUGCCUCUCAGCCUUUCCCUCCCCAGGGCCAUUUGGUAAGUUCUGAGCACUUUAGGUAACUUUCUAGGACGUGGACCACCAUCAAGAUUCUCCAUUUAUUUUCUUGUUCCAUGAAACAUGGUCAGGACUCAGACUUGUGAGCCCACAGAGGAGGGUGGGAGUAGUGUCCUCACAGCAUAGGGAGAGAAGCUGAGGUCCAGAGUGGUAUCACAGAAGCUCUGGGUGUCAGGGAGGUUUGCCAGAAAUGUACCUUAACAGGAACCCACACAAGUUGGUGGAGAUGGAGAAGGUAGGUUAACACCAUUAAGUGGCCAUUUGAACAGGCCCUUGCCACAGGAGGGAGACGGUUUGGUUGGUUAUAAUUCAGCCCCCCCGCCCCCCGGAGAUAUCUAGGAACACUUUGGUCUUUCCUCUUACCUCAGGUAUCAUGAGCCUCCAACGCGCCCAGAAUCAGGGUGCUAUAAUUGUCUGUUUUCCGGCUCUGAGGCCCUAGCCUCAAAUGUAUGUCAAGAUAUAGACUGAAUUUCCAUUCUGUUCCAUUUAUAAUAUGAAUGAUAUUAAUACUCAUGUUUGCCUAAUGAUACAUUGGAAUAUUUUCUUUAUUUAAUCUACAUUAGAGCAAGAUGGCGAGCCAUCUGGAAGUAACUUUUCCUUCUGUCUUUCUUUGUUCGCUUACCACUUAUGCCCAUGUGGGGAAAAAAACUUUAAAAGGAAAGGAAAUCUUCCUGGAGAUCUAACUCAAGGCUGUCCGGGAACAUCAUCCUGAAACUCUCCUCUCCCCUCCUUCAGACAUCAUACCUCAGCCCAGGUAGGGGACUCCAGAUGAGGCAGGAGCAAAAAGGGUCUACACAGUAGACCCAAGGUCAGUGCCACCAAAGCAAGCAGGGACCAUGUCUCCCAUUUCAACAGCUGUUCUUUCUAAGACACGAAAUACCGGGUCCACUGAGACUUGGGAGAAUCUUAGGAAUUCUGGCAAGACAGAGUAUAAAGAGAAAAUCCUUUAUUAAAGCGCUGGGCUCUAGAAUUGUGUAUCCUGGUUUUGAGUCCUGACUCUACCACCACCGUGUAAAUUCGAGCAAAUUGUGUUCUCUUUCCAUUCUCAGUUCCCGACUUUCUAAAACGGGGAUCUGCACCAUGAAUUGUUCAGCGGAUUAAGCGUAAGGAUGUGUGACCCAUGGGUUAUU